CACACACACACCACCACCACCACCAUUCCCUUGCCCGCCACCACCAUUCUCUUCUGGUUGCGUGGUCUUGCCCUUCCUGCACCUUCCACAUGCUCUUCAUGGCCGCCGCCUGGCCCGCCUCAGGAAACUUGCACCAUCACGCGACAUGUUGUGGAUCCAUUCGAGGGGUAGACGGAGCAGGGCGACGGUUCUUGCCGGCGCCAAGGAGGGCAAACAGGAGAGCGUCCCGGAGACAUAUAAUUCUGUCGAUGCUGCCGCAUCUGAGAGCGGCAAGAACCAUGAUCUUGAGGAACCUUCGCCUAAGUCGGACGAGGUCGCGGCGGUGUCUCGCAACACGACAUUCAUCGCCGCGGGAGUUUACGAUGGCGCCGGCUCUGAGCCUGUUCUUGGCGCAUCGCCGUCCUCGGUGUCGUCGCCCGCGGUGGUCACUCAUGAAGACCAUCUGGAGAGAAGCAGCACAAGUGAUGGUUAGCGAUAUGGUUCGGGAUUCCGAAAAUAGUUGCAUACCGGGCCUGGCAAAUGAAAUUUGGGGGUCACACGCGGCCUUGGAAUCCUUUAUCUGCACUUCGUUUUUGUUCGACACAGCCCUGAACAUAUCACUGUUAUGUCUCCUUGUGCCUGGUGAUUUAUGUAUAACUGAAAUUCUGAAUGAACUCAAGUUGUCAUAUGGGAGUGCUUGCAAUAUUCACAGGUUGCAGUUUCUUCAAUGCUAAAUGUUUAGUUUCCUCGGACACCAGAUUGCCUACACUUUAAUGAAGUCGAGCCAGCAACCGUCGCCCAUCUACUACUCCUAUAAAAGCACGAGAGGGCGGAGAACCAAAUCGUCUCAUCCAUCGAACCAUAUGAUCUGAUGGUCUAAAUCACUCCAACAUAUCAAACGCAUUUUACACUUUAAUUACCCACCCUGCCACUCCUAAACUACUCUGCCUUUUCUGAGAAAAACUGCUUAGACCGAUUCCACGCACAUCUCAAUUGCGUUUAACACCGAGUUUCAAAAAAUGCGUUUAGCACAGAACUUAUCCCACUCCACGUAUCACCUCCUUCUCCCACGUUCGCACACACAGGAGCGCUCCAUCCCCAACCUCCCUCCUAUCCCGCUCGGCACCUCACCUCCCCGUCCCCGCAUCCCCGACGCCGAGCCGCACUCCCUGGCGCCCGCAUCGCCGCCCCUCGCAUGCCACCCGCCCCGCACGCCGCCCCUUGCUCCUGGCCCUGACCGGCCCGCCCGCAACUCGCGGCUACCCUCCUUGCCACCCCUCGCUUUUUGCCCUGUCACCUCUCUCUCUUGCAGCCCGUUUGUCCCGCCUGCACAACCCACCAUGCCCGUAGGAGCCUCUCCACGAAGUCGACCCUCAGCCCGCGUCAUCGACGCGAAAUCUCCCACGCCCAUUGCUCGCACUAGACCAAGACGAGGAUGAAGUCCAUAAGUGGCUGGCGUAAGGAGAGUAACAAGUGUGUUUAUCACGGACCCGAUGGUAAUACACUUAUGCUUCCUCUCCUCAAUAAACAUUUUUUAGUUCAGCUGAUUUUUUAGGAGCCAUGAUACGUAUUGUAAUAUAUGGGAGAUGGAAUUGAAGAAAAAUAUAUCAGCUGAUCUCAUUCUAUUUCAUAUUACAAUGUGAUAAAUGCAGCAAUAGCAAAUCAUGAAAUAUUUAAUGUGGGAGAUGGGAUCGAAGAACAAUACAUUAUGUAGGCUGUCAUUCAUUGUUUGGAGCACGACGACUGUUUUCCUGAUAGGAAAUAUUAAGUUAAUUGAUCCCCUUGAACUCUUAAUCAUAGGACUAUCACACAAUCGUCAGUUUGUUUAAUAGCAUUAAUUAUGCUCACUCUAUCUAAUUUAUUCACAAGUUUACAUGUUGUCCAUUAUCUUGUUCAGUUUUGAUCACUUGCCAUACCACACUUCCAUAAUUAGCUGACACGCUCAUACGCAUAUGUAUAAUUGUUAGACUUAUUUAAGGAAAUAUGUCCUAAAGGCAAUAAUAAAAUUGAUAUUUUAUAUUUUCUUAUAUCAUGAUAAAUGUUUAUUAUUCAUGCUAGAAUUGUAUUAACUAAAAACUUGAUACAUGUGUGGAUACAUCGACAAGACACCGUGUCCCUAGUAAGCCUCUACUAGACGAGC